AUGGUCACGAUGCAAAGUGCAUGGAUCUUGGGAAUCUUGGCGAUUGCCAGCAGAACAGAUGCCUCCUGCUGCAGAGGAGAAUUUGGCAACGAAUGGACUGCCACCCGCCUGCCUGAACUUGUGCCGCCCCGAUUUCUCGAAUGGGGUCACACGGAGCGCAAAGAGGCCCGCCUUGGACUUCAGGCCCAUGCUCUGAUACAGACCUUUUCAGGGCAGGCGCGGCCAAGUGCUGCCAAGUGCUGCUACUCGUCUCAGGCCGAGGCAGUUGUGGGGAGGUCUACCCCUUCCAUCCCUUCGGACCCUCCUGAGCUGAUCCCGCAACGGCCAUUGACCCUGCACGUCCUACAGGAAGCCAGCGCCAAGCUCGGGGCACUUCGCUGA